UUUGCCUGUUUUCCCAUUGGAAAUAGUGAUAUUUUGAAAUAUCACUGUCCUGUCUGAUGCAGUUGGGAAUUGCAUUUGUAGCUGGAAGGUUUAUAAUUAUCACCGAAUUAAAAAAGGAAACUGCUUCAGGGGAGAGCUCUUGAGGUUUGCACGACGCACUAAGGAAUAGAACAAACUGAAGCCAAUAGUUCUGAAAAAAGGAGGAAUUAGAAGCUAAAAAAUGGCUGGGAAAUCUGUGCAUGAAGACAAGCAAGAAAGCAAGGACAAGUAUGAAACCCCAUCUAUUUCUGAGCUCCAGAGCCUGCUGAUGGUGAACCAAAAAUCUACUGGACAUGUCAAUGAAGUCUGGCCAAAUAUAUAUAUAGGAGAUGCGUACGCUGCACGAGACAAAGGCACACUGCUUAAUCUUGGUAUCACCCAUAUUGUCAAUGCUGCUCAUGGAAUAUACCAUAUUAACACCGGAGCAAAGUACUACAGUGACACGCAGAUGCAUUACCUUGGCGUAGAGGCAGAUGAUGACCCCAAGUUUGACCUGAGCCCAUUCUUUUAUCCAACUGCUAAGUUUAUAAGGGCUGGUCUUAAUUCACCAAAAGGGAAAGUGUUUGUCAACUGUGCAAUGGGUGUCAGUCGCUCUGCGACUCUGGUGUUAGCCUACCUAAUGAUCUGCAAGAAUGUGACACUGCUGGAUGCAAUCAAGGCAGUCUGCAAACAUAGAGAUAUCUUUCCCAAUUCAGGAUUUUUGAGCCAGCUUAGACAACUAGACCUCACUCUAACACUAGAGAGAAGAAAGAAAAAGGAGCCCCAAUAAUUCUGUUUGUAAAUGUAUCACUCUUCUGUUUAAAGAAGCAGCUUCUACAAUUAAUAUUUUUAAAUAGUUUGAAUAAAGCAUCCUAGAAAUAAAUAAAUACAUAUAAUUUAACUGAAUUGGAAUGCCCCUGAAUUGUUCAGCAAAUAAACAAUAGUUCUCUACCUAUAACUGGCUCUGACACGAUGCUCUACAUAAUCCAAGUGCUUACCAUUUCUUGAAUUCCAUUUGGCAAACACACUACAUGAUGGAAAUAUAUAAACAAGCAGUUGGUUUCUUAAGAAUGCUUUUUCAUGAAAAUUAGACUUUGACUUAUAUAACUCGAGUUAAAAGUUUUGUGAAUACACUGUUCCUUUAAGACCUACAAGAGUUAAAGUUUCUUCCAAGCAGAAACCAGAAUAAACGUCCUGUGUUGAUAAUGCCCAAAUGAAGGCGGGGGUAUUUGUUCAAUGUUUUUCGUUUCACUAAUAUUUUAACACUGAACAUUUACAAAACAGAUUUCUUCUUCGGAAGAGUUGUUUUAAACAUCAGUGGUGCACAAACAAGUCUUUGUGGUGAAAUUGUGUUCUGUACCUUCAGAGGGUUUAGAGACUGUAACAGAUUGACUCCCAAGACACAAUGAUGAGAUGUGAACGGUAAAUAAUAAAGAAAGAUUUGAGAAAAUAUACAUGCAUGAGAAAAGGUUUGAUAUUAGUUUCCCUGUGUGUUGAUUAAGUAGAAAUAGUAGGCCCAUUACUCAGGGUUUGCAUUUUAAGGGUAUUACAUUAGAUUCCACCUAGCUGUCUUGUCCGAGUGUGGGAUAAGCCCUAUUAGAAUGCUACUAGAGUACAGUAUAGUAAAGUACCAGUCAGGUCCCAUUACUGGACUUAAACCCUUCUGAGCUGGACACCUUCAGCAAUAUAAGCCUACAUGAACUCAACACAACUGCAUAGUAGUCUGUACUACCAAGCUGCAUUCCAAUACUAAUACAGCUGGU